AUGUCUACUCGUAGACGUCUAAACCGAAACGAAAAGUGUGAGCAAUUGUUAAAAACGUUAGAAACUGCUUCAAGUGCUGACGAUUAUUUCGAUCAAAUUAAAUUAAAAUGUGAUCAAAUCAGCAAAACUGGUCUAUUAGCACCAUUAACGUACGUUCCUGAAACACAUUAUAAUUCAUCCACUCAUACAAUAGAUCAUGUUGCGCACACAUAUCUGCAGAAAUGCAGUGAUCCGAAUGUCAGACGUCUAAUACCAGUUUGGGUUGACGGGAACGGAAAUUGUUUAUACAACUCUAUUGUACGAUUAAUGCCAUCGAAUGAUAUGUCUUCAGCCGAACUUCGGCUACGAACCGUGAUGGAAUUAGUAUUAAAUAGUCAAGUGUAUAGGAUAAACUACGGUAAUACAUUUGGAAUAUGGGAGGAACAGGUUCAACGAAUCGUGAAAAAUUUUACGCUUUCUGAAAUAAUAGAAAUUGUGGCAUUAUGCAGUAUCUUAAAAUGUAAUAUACGCUCUGUAUAUCCUAAUAUCGAUCGUACGUCUUGGACUGACAGUGCCAACCAGUUAUAUACACCGCCAUCUGGUAUCGUUGCACAUCAUGAAAUAUCACUUCUGUGGAACCAUACGUUAGAAGAAGAUGUGGCGAAAACUUGCAAUGAUGGUACUUGGUCUCCAAAUCAUUUCGUACCAUUACUGUUACCACCUGGGUCUUCAACUGGAUUACAAAUUAGUACUGUACACGGUUCUUCGGCUAGCAACGCCAGCCAAGGCGAAGUGAUCUAUGACCUUUCUGAAAACGUACAAAAAACUCCCUUCAAAACAACGGUAAAAACCAGCGAAAUACAGUCGAUAAGAACUCCUCAGUUUGAUUUACCAGAGCCAAAAGAUGCACGACGAGAAAAGUUAUGGUUGCGGCCUGCAAAGGCUAGAAAAAAUGGAUCGGACGCAGACCGGGAAAAACAGCGACGGCAAAAGAGGGUUAUUAGGGCAAACGAAGAUGAAGCUCAACGUACAAAUCGCCUAUCGCACCAAAGAGAACGUUCAGAAUCAUCUCGUGCCAAUGAANGAAACACAAACGCAACGCUCAAGCCGACUGAUGAAUAA